AACAAAGUCUACGGCCAAGGGAAAGUGCUUUAUAUCUUUCAAGAAACAAGAUAUAGUGAAUGUUGACUCUACGAAGGUAAAAAAAAGCCAUUUAAGAACAAGAAGAAGAGUGCGAUUCAUAGAAUGUACACGUUGAGAAUCCUAUGAAAGGAGGAAGAAGACAGAAAAAGACAGUUGUAUAGUUUUGACGUUUGAAGAAUUGGUCGACAUCAUUUUUCCAAAUGUGAUAGCCGUAAUACAGUGAAUCUAUAAGGAAGGAUGGAAGGUGAACUUCCAGAAACGCGAGAGGUUCUGAGCGAGCACCUGAAGGCAAAAGUUCGGUAUUUCAAUCAACCUCUUGCAGACCAGAUAACAGACAUGUUGGUGGCGGAAAGGUCAAACAGUGAGAUCAUAGAAUUGCUGACGUCCGAUUCAUUAUUAGAGAAAAAAGUGGAGAAGGCUCUUACUUCAUUAUAUGUACCCGAUACUGAAGUUCGAGAAACUCUUGGUGUAAUGUUAUUUCAAGAGGUUUCAGAGAUAGAACAGGAGUUGUGUGCACAGGUAACUGGCAUGCUACUUGAACUACCAGUUUCAUCACUUACACAGUUAUUGAAGAACCAGGAGGCACUGAAGGAAGCAGUGAUAAAGGCCAAAAAAGAAUAUCUUAAGUACAUUACGGUGCUAUGUUGUCAGUUGCAGCCCAUUUAUUGUCAGAUGGAAGAAGAGAUAAAAAGACCUGAAGAAGUGCUCCCAGGACCAAAAACAAUAAGCAAGGAAAAGCAAGAAUUGGGUGAAAUCAUAUAUGAAAAACUGGCGACGAGAUAUCCGACAGAAGCCUCCAAGCUAACGGGAAUGCUGCUGCAGAUGGAGUAUAGGGAUCUGUUGCGCGUAAUAGCCGAGCCCGAACACCUCACUGAAAAGGUGGAAUUGGCUCUUCAUGUUUUGCAAGGCGAAACAAAGAUGUAGAUUUGAUUCUGUGUAUUUUUGGAAAUGGGGUUUGAAGUUAUAAGAAAGCAAAUUUUUGAGAAACAGAGAUUUUUCAUUGUUGUUUAUAUCCUAGAAUCUUAUGAAUAGACAAAUAUUUAUGACAAUUAUGGUGACAUUGAUAAUUAUUUUAUAUGGUUUGUUAUCAAAUAAUAUUUUAUGAUUUUUUUCUCUGCCAAUAAAUUUUAUAACUCAGA